UCUGGCAAAAGCGCCAAUAUAUUUACUGAAGUAGAUGUCCCAAAUUAUCCGCCGUAGCGGGUUUUCUCAAGCCCCUCGCGGGGUUCGUGAAACAUGAGGACCGGAGGCAUGUUUUGGAAGAGGGAUUGACCGGGAUUAAGACCGUAACAAAGUCAGCGAGAUGUGUGAGAGCUAUGCCCGCUCGCUGCUGCGUGUGUCGGUGGCGCAGAUCUGCCAAGCGCUGGGCUGGGAUGCGGUUCAGCUCACUGCGUGCGAUCUGCUGUCCGAUGUGUUGAAUCGGUACAUCCAGCAGCUGGCCAGGGUUUGCCAUCGGUACUCAGAGCUCUAUGGAAGAACUGAUCCAGUCCUGGACGAUGUCAGCCAGGCCUUCAGGUUGCUGGGGGUGAGUCUAAGUGAACUGGAGGACUACGUCCACAACCUGGAGCCUGUGGCCUUCGCCCAACAAACGCCACUCUUUCCUGUUAGCAAAAACAAUGUCCUGCAGUUUCCCCAGCCUGGAGCUCGAGAUGCAGAGGAAAGGAAGGAUUACAUUCCAGAUUACAUGCCACCCCUGGUCUCCUUACAAGAAGAAGAGGAAGAGGAAGAGGUCCUUCCUGACAUGGGUACCUCAGCUGAAGCCAUGCAGGUGGCACUGGAGGAGGACGAGGAGGAAAUGGAUGACGAUGAGACAGUCAAUGAUGAGAACCACCCACUGAAGAGGUCCCUGGACAGUCCAGAUGCGGCUAUGGGCAUGAUGCCUACUUCGAAGAGACCACGCUUGUACCCUGGCCUCAGCCCAGAAUGGGGUGUUGAGCCCAGGGAGCCCCUUACCUCGCUCAACCCUCAGCGUGUUCCCCCGGGGAUGCUGCCUUCUCACGAUAGCCUUGACCCCCUGUCACCUGAAACACCGUCUGGGGCGCUACCUCCCUUCAGACCUCAGAUGGUAGUACCAAAACACUCUGAUCAAAAGGCCCUCACCACUCCAGGAAGAAAGCCUAAGGUGUCCUCCCCUGGUAGACAACGGACUAAGUCCCCUAAAGGGGUCAUUCCUGUUCCAGUGGGUGGCAGCCCCAUCCAUUCUCCAAAACCGUCUAAGGAAAGGAAGAAAUCCCCAGGCAGGACUAAGAGUCCUAAAAGCCCCAAGAGCCCAAAGAUGGUUUCAGUCAAAGCAUCUCAACCCCAGAUCAAGACGGAGGUUGUGCAUAAGUUACCCAUGUCUGCACUCAGUGAGAGGAUGGGAAAAGAGAACAUUCAUAUGCGUCAGAAUAUAGAGGACAGAGAGUUAGCUGAGGGCCCCUUCAAGAAACUCGAGCCUGAUAAUACAGCCAUCGAUGACUCCAUCGAUGCUGUGAUCGCCAGAGCGUGUGCUGAGCGGGAGCCAGAUCCUUUUGCUUUCUCCUCGGGCUCUGAUUCCGAUAGCAAUGGAUUCUCGAGCCCCAGGAGACUGACCAUUAUGGAGCCAUCCACACCCAAAAUCAUGAUGGGGGCCAGCAACUCUAUAAAAGAUACAUCAACACCACUUCACCUACAGGUACACGCAGGCCUUGGAAAUUGGACUAUGGAUGAUUCAAUCAAUGAGGUGAUCCGAAAGGUCAACCAGGGUGGUCCGUCUGCGGCGCCGCCAAGUCACGGACAAUAUGUCUCAUCGGGAUCGGCUUCACCGCCGACUCCUGAACCUCUGCUCAAGAUUUUUGAGGAGAAGAACAAGUUUGUCUCACCAGUGGACGUUAAGAAAAAGCUGAAGAAGGAGCUCAAAACUAAAAUGAAGAAGAAGGAGAAAGACAAGCCGAAAGACAAAGAUCGGGACAAGGACAAGGGCAAGCUGAAAGAGAAAAAUAAGGACAAAAACCGGGAUAAGAACAAGGAGUUUUCCAAGGAUGGCAAGUUGCCCUGGAAGGAGUUUGGACUGAAGGAUGAUGAGCUCUUCAGUACGCGAGACUACCCUCUGCCGGAGAGCUCCAGUAAGAUAAAAAACAGGGAUGGAGAUGGCCCUAAGAAGGAGAAGGAGAAACACAAGGACAAAAAGAAGGAUAAAGAAAAAAGUAAGAAGGACAAAGAUAAGCGAGACAAGGGCAAAGACAGGAGCAAGGUCGACAGGCAGUCUGCACUCGCUCCCUUUGCUCUGGGUGAAAUCCCGCCACUGUUCAGCCCGUCCGCCUGUCUGCGCAUGCCCACCUUGCCCGCCAUACCCACCAUGCUUCCUCCUUUGGCCCCGAUCCUCCAGAAUAAGGACAUAAAGAGCAAAGAUAAGGACAAGAAGAAAGACAAGAAGGAGAAGAAGAAAAAGAAAGAUAAGGAGAAGGAUAAGGAGCGAGAGAAGGCCAAAGAAAAGGAGAGAGAGAAAGAGGAGAAGAGGAAAGAAAAAGAGAGGGAAAAAGAAAAACGGGAAAAGGAGAAGGAAAAAGAAAAGGAGAGAAUUCGAUUGGAGAAGGUGAAAGUAGACACUCCUACACCUCUACCGUCUCCAGUCAUCCCAAGACUGACGCUCAGAGUUGGAGCUGGCCAGGAUAAAAUUGUUAUCAGCAAGGUGGUUCCAAAUUCAGAGCCCAAAACGCCAGCACCUAAGACUCCGGCUGCCAAGUCUGGACCUGGGAAUCGUCCUCGGACGCCCCCACCACCCCCAAUUCUCACCCCAAUCAUACCCAUUUUGCCCCCUGCUCCUGCCCCACUCCCACCACCUCCUACCCCGUCGUCGUUGCUUUCCCCGCCUCCGAUGCUCUCUCCGGCUGCUUCCCUCAAGACGCCUGUUCGCAGCGUGGUCACAGAAACUGUCAGUACCUACGUGAUUCGAGAUGAGUGGGGAAAUCAAAUCUGGAUCUGUCCUGGAUGCAACAAACCUGAUGAUGGCAGUCCUAUGAUAGGAUGUGAUGACUGUGAUGAUUGGUAUCAUUGGCCUUGUGUCGGGAUCCUUACAGCCCCUCCCGAGGACCAGGAGUGGUUUUGUGUUAAAUGUUCCAGCAAGAAGAAGGACAAAAAACACAAGAAAAGGAAACACAAACUGCAUUGAGACUAUGCAAAAAGCACAUAUUUUGGACUUUUUUUGGACUUGAAGCCAUCACUGAACCCUUGUGGCACUGCUGUAAAAUUAAAAAAAAAAAAAAAAAAAAA